GUUUCUGUGACAACACCAAGCCAAAACGAGACACUCCCCAAAACAAUGUCAUCCAUAAACUACACAUAUGUCUAGAUUUUCUUAAAACCGAUAUAUAUAGACAUUAUUGAAUUUCCUUAAGAAAAAUAAGCGCUCAGAAUGUCCGACAUAAUCUGUCAGUGGCUGAAUUCAGAGCUCCAGCUGUCAAAAGUCGUUGAGCCUUAUUCCUUCGCCAGGGAUUUUGCAAACGGUUUUUUGAUAGGAGAGAUCCUGAACAGAUAUGAGCUGCAGGAGGACUUCCACCUGUUCACCAAACAAAGCACGGCGAAUGCGAAGCUGAAUAACUUCACUCGUCUUGAGUCCACACUGCAGCUGCUAGGCGUGCCCUUUGACCUUGGCAAUGCCAAAGCAGUGAUGCAGGGCAGACAUGGGGCGGCCACACAGCUGCUCUACCAGCUCUACAUCCUUCUACAGAAGAAGAAGAAAUCGGGCCUCACUGCCACAGCCUUGGAGGUCAUGAAGCCCGUGGCCACGGCCCGUCUGCACCGCAUAGAGAACAGCAUCUAUACUGAGCGCUUGAAGACGGUGGUAAAGCGUGAGGCGGAUCUGAAGAUGCAGAAGAUCGCAAAGCGCUUCCAUAAAAGAGGACAGGACAUGUACAAGCGCUCGUUCAUGACUGAACACCUGAAGGAAGAGGAACGGCUCAAACGCCUGGAGGAGAGGAGGCUCAAGGACAUUGAAAAGCACCGGCAGGCACGCAGAAAACAGAAUGAGAUUAUGAUUCAGAUUCAAUCAGCUGUAAUCCAGAUCCCGAAGCCUCCACACACUCGCGCGUCGAGAGCUUCUGAAAAACACCUUCAGUUUCGCAAAAAGCAAGAGGCUCAGCAUGUUCAUCGAGAGAUAGAACAGUUUGAGAAGCACCAGAAGAAGAUUUCUCUAGCUGGCGGUGAAGCCUUACUCGGUGGCCGUGUGACCCAUCCAAUGAGUACAGGCGACAAAGAGCGGUGGAACAAGGAGUAUAUCGAGAGCAUCCGUCGGCAUCUGGAGGAAGACUCUGCUGCCCGGGAACAGAGAGAGAUGCGGAGACGACGUGCUCUGAUGGAACAACUCCAAGUUCAUGAGGCUCAGCAGGAGGUAUUGCGAGAGGAACAGAUGGUCAGUCGUUUGAUGCGUCAGACGCAGCAGGAGAAGAGGAUCGUCGUGCAGCUGAUGCAAAUAAAACAGCAGAAAGAGGUACUUCGACAAAACCGGAUCUUCCAAGAGAGACAAUACCAGGAACGCCGCCUUCGAGACUUCCAAGAGGCCUUGGAUAGAGAAGCUGUUCUCGCCCAACAGGAACGCCUGGAGCGCAGCGAACAGAUCAGGAUGGAGCAUGAGCUACACAAACAGCUAGUCGCCGAGCGCGUUCAGGCUCGCUAUCGCAAACACUUCGACAUCUGCAGAGGAAUUCUGGGACAGAUUGUGGAUCUGGCUACAAAAGCUGGAGAAUAUCGGCUUCUUACAUCCAAUCUGAUCCCAGUGAAGCUGAUGCAGGAGUGGAUGGAGCUGUUUUUCAGUGGUAAGCCGCUGUAUGAAGUGGCCAGUGUGCUGCCCACCCCUACUGACCCCACACCAGAACAGAUCAUUGAGCUGGAGAAGCUUCAAAUACUCAAUAAUCAAGACUACAACGAGUAUGUGGCCAUGAUUGGUGAGUGGAUUUUGGAUGAAGAAGGCGAGAGUCGAGCCUCACCAGUGAAGAAUGAUAUUCUGGAUCAUGUGUUGAGUCGUCUACAGAGCAUGAUAGACCGACCCAGUGCCAGCAGUCCUCGUCCUCUGUUUCCCCGUUUCACCAUCAGAGCGUGCAUGCUGGGAAAAACCCUCUCGGGAAAAACCUCCUGCCUCUCCAGGAUCAGCAACGGUCUUGGGUUCCAUGUGCUCUCAGCCAACGCUUUGAUCCAGGAUGCUCUAUCAGAAUAUCAGAAGGAAAAACAAGUUGCGAUUGAAAGCCAAAAAGCGUCACAGAAGAACCUGGAGAGAAAUGGGCCUCCGACAGAAGGAGUUGAGCAGCCUGAGAGAGAUGAAGAGAAGGAGACAUCCUCUCCUCCAGAGUCAGGACUGCAAAAGGCAUCCGGACUUCAGGAAAAAGAAGAUAAAGAAAAGGUAAAAGCAAUUGUGCAGUGGUCGUUGCGAGCGCAGUGUGGUGCAGCGGUAGAGAACGCUCUUAGGACGGGAAAAGCUGUUCCUGAUCAACUUCUGGUCGACAUCAUAGUGGAUGCUAUCAGGAACAUCCCUGCUGAUAGUGGCUGGAUUCUUGACGGGUUCCCAGUGGACAUCAGUCAGGCUCAGAUGCUGGAGAAAGCUCUGAACGGGACAGAACCUGAUGAGACCCAGACAAAAACACAAAGCAGCUUAUCCACAGAUAAAAACACUCCUAAAGAUCCAAGUCCUCCCUCCCCUGCACUGGACGUAGUGGUGCUGUUAGAUGUUUCAGAUGAGCAGGUUCUGCAGCGAGCCGUGAGCCAGGACGUAGACGGGGAGAGCAGAGGGCAGGAGAGAGAAAGCAGUGAUGGUCUAGACGAAAAAACAAGUAUAACAGAUCUGGCCACACAAGAUCCAGCAUCCAUAUCUGAUGACAAAAGCCUGGGGACGAAACAGAUGCAGCACAGAAUUAGUGGGUUCCAUGACACAUGGCCAAAACUGGAGAAAUGGUUUGGUGAUCAGCAGAAUAUUCUUGUAAAAAUCACAGCAGAUGUAGAUGAGGAAACUCUCUUCAAAAACGUGGAGAAUGUUCUGAUGGACACUAUGGAUUCUGUUGAAAAAGAAGCAGCUCUGGUUCACUCCAGGAAAAUGUCUUCCUCACCCGAACACAGGCGUCCAGAAAGUGCCUGCUCUGGGAAGUCUUCACCAAUGACCCCAAAAUCUGCUGGAAGGGUCUAUGUGGAGGAACCCUUACCCAAGGAGAUUCCAGAGUAUCUUGUUCCGUACUGGGAGAACGUCUGUGUUUCAUAUGUGACUAACGUCAAAACAGUGAUCCAGAACCUCCGCGGUGAACGCGAGCUCAUCAUUCACCACCUCUACAACACCCGGGAGAACUUCAGGCAGUACUUACAAAAGCCGGAUCUGAAGCAGGAGUUUGUAAGCGCAUGGCAGCGUGAUUAUAACGGCGUUCCUGACAACAUCAGAGAGGAUGAGGAGACCAAAGGAGAGCUCCAUCAAAGACUGGAUGACUUGCGUGAGCGUCUGUGGGACAUCUGUGAUAAACGCAAGGAAGAGGCGGAGCAAGAGAGAGCAGGAGUCAUUGAUGACGGCUGGUUAGAUGAUCACACUGCUGUACUAAUCAACCAAUAUUCUGCAUUAAUGCAGAUAGAAGUGGGCCGCUUUCAAGACUCCCUGUGUCUGCUGAGAGAUUAUUAUUCAGCGAUGUGUAAAACUGCAUUUCCUGAAUCCACACGUGACUUCACUCGCGUCCCAUUGCUUGACAUCACUGCAGAGGAGCAUGUUGAGCAAGAGGAGUCAAAAAUCGCUGGCCCUGCGCUGUUAGAAAAACCUGUAAGGAGUGCUGAAGAAAAAGACUGUGAAAUGGAGGACAAGAAGAAAAUUAAAUCGUUUCCGUUGGUUUCCUGCAGAUCUCCCACUUCUGAGCUUCUCCACCAUCCCGAUGAGAAACUCCUGCAGGAGUUCUUCCAGAACGCACUCACCGCCGUUAGGAACAUGGUGUUGGCAGAGACGCAGCGAGAAGAGGAAGGUGAUGAAGAACAGAAGCCCAUAGAGACACCACAGACUUCAAACUCUGCUACGGACCGUAAGAAAGCAGGGAAAAAGAAAGGUGCUCCCACCCCUCCUCAGGUGCCCAGUCCUCUGCCCACAGUGGUGCAGAACCCUGAGGAGGUCAAGAGGAAGGCAGAGAGGAAGAGAAUCAAACUGGAGUUCACAUCCGCACUGAAACGUGAAGAACAUGCGGUGAAGCUGCGUUUGGAUCUGGUGAAGGCUCAUGCGCUGAGAAACGUGAGCAGUCUUCAGCUGAGAGCGGAGCAGGUCUACAGGAACAUGGAGGAGUGGCUGGGAGCUCGCUUUCUGUCUGAGAUCAACAGUAUCGACCAGCUGGCAGAGUUUGUGCGGAAGCACAUUGAGAAUGCAGUUCAGAUCUAUCAUGAGCUCGUGCUGCAGAGCGCUGAUUUCUGCGUGGAUGGAGACACACGUGUGGUGGCGAGUCCAGUAUCCGCUCCGCGCCGAUCGCUGCUGGAACAGCCCAGAAACAGCACUCUCACAGUCCAACAGAUGCACGUCCUCUGUGCUCAGCUGAGCAAGAGCGCCCCGACUGGUCUGCUGUGCAGUAAUGAGUUGACUGAAAUUCUGCAUGAAUUAACUUCUCCUCAUAUGGGUAGUGAUGUCCUGCCUGAGCCCUGGAUGCAUAUCACUCCCUCACAGGUAGAUGAGCUAGUGUGUGUAUUAGCUCCGGACUCUGAGAUGUUGGACUGGCGUCAGUUCCUGCUCAGCGCUGCUCUGCCGUGGCCGUUUCCCUCUCAGAUCGAGCUGUUAAAAACCCUCCAGCGCUUCAGAGCCGUCGACACUGCGGGAACUGGACUCAUCACACAAAAACAAUACACACAGGUUGAAUUGUGGUUUUCCAGUGAAAGAGAACUUCCUGUCCCGGAUGACCCAACUGAACCUCUGCCCUACGACAGACUAGUCAACCUUAAGAAGUUUUUCUUCAGUCUGUUUGCGAGCUCACACUCAUCUCCACUGAUGCUGGACUAUCUGAACAUGCUGCUGUAUUUCUGCUGUCAUCCUGAACCAGCUCAGGGCUUCACCAGAGCGCUGGGCCUCGUGAUCGGACACACACUGCACUAUAAACACACCGGCCCACUUACACAGUCUGUGCCGUAUUUGGAGGGCGCUGGAGUCGAGGCUGAUGAAGAGGAGGAGAGAGGGGAGGAGUCUGAUGAAGUGGGCGUGUCAGUUGAUGAUGUGCUCAGAGUUCUGAGUCGUGGAGACGAUCACGUCUCUUCACAUCUGAACCGAUUCCAGCCGAACCGCAGGAGCAGAGAUGAAUUCAGAGAGGAGCUGCUGAAGGUGUUUAAGGAGUUAGGUUUUAAGGAUGAGGAGAAGAUUGCUUUCUCCACACUUUCCCAGCAUCCCUUUCUGCAGGAUCUAAUAGAGGGAUCCUCACAGUACCUGCUUCCUGACAUUCUCAAAAUUUUACAGACCCAGCAAACUGAAGAUCCUCGAAACUUCUCAACUUGAUCAACUGUGACACUCAAUAACAACACACACCAACAUGAAUCAUACAAGGUACAUGCUAAUGCUAAAUUCAUCAUAAAAGCAUGAAGAACAGUGAUCUGCUAAAAUUCCCCUUUAAUAAACUCUAAAUGUUUCUAAAUGUACUUACUGUAGGGGAGAUACACAUUUGAUUGUAGCUGUGUAUUCUUGUCUCAUAUUACAGUAAAUAAUUUGGUGUAUUUGCAUAAUCCAGAGAUGAUUGAU